AUGACUGCUACAACUGAUUACAGCAAUCAGGAAUUAGUUUUCGUUCGAUACUCGGCCUGUGAGGAAGAUGGCUCAUGUUUAUUCGAUACAAUAAGAAAAAUUAUCAACAACGGUUGGACAACACAAGACUAUAGAAAUUUAGCAGCAGAAAAACUAAAAAAGAAGUAUUCAUCAGAUGUCGAAAUCAACGGCAGACCGCGUGAUGAAUAUCGUCAGUUCAUUACACAAAAAGGAUCUUGGGGUGGUGCAGAUGACUUACAAAUAUUCGUUGAACACUUUUUAAUUGAUUUUCGCGUUUUAAUUUUGAAAGAUGCAAGAAUUACAAGUGUUCAAUCAUCUGGUGAACAUUUAAAUAAUUUAAUAGGGUUUGCAUAUUUAUUGUAUGAUUGUGACAAAAAACAUUACGACCCAUUGAUUUUAUUUAAAACUGAUGGAACCCUCAUUGGUACAGUAUUUGAAAAUAAUUCGUCUAAUUACAUUGAAUCGAUACUUCAAGCUACAUUUAUCCACAGAAUUAAUUCGACAGGCAUUAUACCAGCGGCAUCUUGUUUUAAACUAUCAGAAAUUUACAGCAGUAAUGGUUAG